AUGCGUGAAAAUAAUGUUACGGCAUCCGCAAUUGAUGCCGAGGUGUUAGCCUGCACAAACGCAGGAUGUUAUCAUGCAGAGGUGGAGAAGAAAUUUGAGGAGGAGAUGGAUGAGGGGGUCCAGGUGGAGCAGGAGAAAAAGGAAGAGGAAGAUGGGCGACAGAAGGAGAACGAAGAGAAGAAGGAGGAGGAUGAGGAGGAGGAGGAGGAGGAGGAGGGGGUGUUGGAAGAAGAACAUGGAGCAUCUCUUAUUGUGGAAGCAGUAGAUAACGCCUCGAUACGGGAGGAUGAUUCUGAGAGCUCAGGCCACAGUAAGUGCAACAAAUACUAGCAUUAACCAUUAAGAUAUUUGCGAACCUGUUAACUGCUCCCUAAAUUCGCAUUUGAAAUCUGUAAUAGACAGGACCGUGCAGUGCUCAAUAACAGAGCUGAGGACGCAGAAAUUCGUCCCAGAGCUUGAGUCGAUCAAGGAGGUGUCGGAAGAGGAAGAGAAAGAAGACGAGGAGAAGGAGGAGGAGGAUGAGGAGGAGGAGGAGGAGGAGGAGGAGGAGGAGGAGGUAGAGAAGGUGGAGGUAGAGAAGGUGGAGCGGAAGGAGAAGGAGGAGAUUAAAGGGAACGUCGACGGCGACGUCGACACGCUGAACGACUCAGAGAUAGACAAGAAGCCGACAAUGCAUAACCGACCGCUUGAGUCAGUAACCGUUGUGAGGCAACCUCCGAGAUGGAGGAAUGUUCGUAGGUCGUCGCGUAAGUUCACAAACACGUCACUAUCCCUCUUUGUUCGUCCAUAG